AUGACAUCCACUCCCCAGCAAUCGUCUACGAGCCGAUCCAAAUCUACCUUUGCCGCCGCUACAAGCGCAGCCUCAAACUUCGCGACAGGAUCGAAUUUGGCUCCUCCAGGCCGAACAUCCUUUCCAUCGGCCCCCGAUUCGUCCUCUUCUACACCAAAUGCAUCGGAGCCCAACGAUAUGUCUGCAGCAGUUGGAAGGGCUCCGCCAACACAUGGUCAUAGCGAUUCUGUGAACGGAAGAAAUCCUACCAUACCUGCGAUUCCCUCUGUCAACGGCAAUGCUCCCAUUCCUGAUCAUUCACGAAAACCAUCAAUGACCGUCACACCUGCAGGCGCUACGAGUUUCACAGCAAACGGAGGUGGCCCUCAGAACAAACCGGGAAAUAUCGUGUUUGGUUCAUACGGAGUGGCCAAUCCGGCUGGUUCCCCGGCGAUGGGCACACCUUCUUUGGCACAUCAAAAUACAUCCAACCUCAGCGUCAAUCCACUCAACCCUCGAGUGGUAUCCCCUUCCAAUUCUCCAUCGCCGAUUCCUCAGCCUGUCGCUGCCAGUGGCGGUCGUCCUCCGUCCACGUUUCAAGGACAAGGCAAUGGAUAUACCUUUGGGCAAAUAUCCGGGGACCCAAAUGACCCAAGUGGUCUGGCUCGACCUAUGUCUCAGAUGCAAUUUGGACCUCAGCAAGAACACAUGAGACGAGGCUCCUCACAGUCGGUGCACAGCGAUGUUGGUGGUCCAGGUCUCCCGACAGGGCCGGGCCGUGGCGGCUAUCAGGGCCAAGGUGGUCGUGGGAGAGGUUUCAACACGUCUUACAACCAGCCCAUGCAGUACCCUCCUCCGUCAUUCCGCGCAGCGUCGAACGGACGUCCUCUGCAAGGUGGAUAUCAAGGUCGAGGUCAACCCAUGCCUUAUCAAGGAUCUCCCGCCAUGGGCACCCGGAGCCCGGCGCUGGUGAACGCAACGCCCGGAACGCCGAAUAUGGGUCCCAUACAUAUGGUACCCGGAAUGCAAGGACAACCCCCGAAUGGAUAUUACAUGGGGGGACCCCAACAUGUAAACAACCACCACCCCCCAUUUUCUUGUUCCCGUGAUUCUGCAAGAGCGAGAGGCAAACCUACGCGAGGUCGAAGUCGUGGCAAAUGUCAAGCUGGUCACGGUAAAGGCCCUGGUAGAGGUAGAAAUGAGGAAGGACCCUUUUACAGCAAAGAUCCCGCCUCCGACUACUAUCGCCCGGAUCUUGCGAAUUCACCGCCUCUCGUUGAUUCCGUUCCCCCUCAUGUCUUUCUUUAUCCCGAUCUUUCUCCCGAAAGUGGCAAUUUUGAACAUUUUCUGACUGCGAGAGCACAGGGCUUCGGUGUUCCGACCCAAGCUGAUCCUAGUAUUCAAAUGUUGUACAAUCAGCAAUACUAUGGACCAGGAGCGAUGCAAGGUCAAUUUCCUCCCCCAUACAUGCAACCGCAAUCGCCCCGACCUCCCUUCCAACAGAACGUCUAUCCUCCAAAUAUACAACCAACCUACAGUAAUCAAGGAGCCCCCCCCCCGUCAAUGUCCAGACAGUCAUCCCAAAUGUCUGCUCCUGACCGACCAGGUUCCAGCGUCGGCCAACAGCCUCACACUCCAGCCCCGUCGGGUCCUUCGCACGGCAACGCUCGAACUCCUAGCACCUCCUCGCAGAAGCCGAGUUAUACAAUCCCUCCGAAGAAGAGUGCCGCCAUCACCAUCAAGAACACCGCUGGCGAGGUCGUCUCGUUCAAUAAACCACCCGCUUCUCCGGCCAAUGUCACCCCGGUCUCGGCCACAGUUCCUCCGCAAUCUGCGCCUACGCCUCCGAGUCGAACGGCCAGUGCUGCUGACAAUAUCCAUAAUCGAACAGACAGCGUCGGCACCAAGACAACAGAGGAGGCCAAGAAGCAGUUCCAAGAAGCCAUUGCAAAGAAGAUUACGGAAGAUGAAGCCAAAACCAAGCUUGAAAAGGAAAUGGCUGAGAAGGAACAGAUGGACCAGGAAGCGGCGCAGGCUACCGAGCGUGAAGCGGAAGAAGGAGCAAGAUCUAAGGCGGAGGAAUUCGAAGGAGACGCAGGAGAAGCCGACGCCCGAAAGACUGAUAAAGAGACAGAGACUGCCGAGAAUCCGGAAGAAGAGAAGAAACCGAAGGAGACCUCAGCGGAACCUCGCAAGCCCGACGAUGACGAUAUCGAUUAUGAUGCCAUUGAGGCCGAAUUGGCGGCGAUGGAAGCUGAGGAAGCCAGACGGGAGGAAGAAUACAAGAAGAAGAAAGCGGCCGAGCUCGAGGCGCAGCGCAAGAAAGAGGAAGAAGAGGCUGCAGCUUAUGAAGCCAACAUGAAGGAGAUGGAACGCAAAGCAGAGGAAGAAGAACUGGCGCGCGAGAAAGAGAGAGCCGAAGGAGGAUCUGGAGACGAGGCGAACAGGAAGCUAUUUGCCGAGCUCAAAGCCAAUCCUUUUGGCACUCCGGCCUCGGUUGAAAGUCCUGCAGGCCACACGCCUGCUGAAAGUGGUACCGCCACUCCUGUGUCGGAUGUUUCAAUGCCUCCUCCGGCGAAAGCUCCCGCGAGACGAGGAAAGGCGACCGAGCUCACUCUCGAUACAAAGAAGCCAGUCGAGCCCCCGGAGCCGAGCGCGACGCUGAAAGCCUUGCAGUCGGCCCGGAAACUUGUUGAUCUUUCCAAGGUCCAUUAUCCUUCCGACGUGGCGUCCCCGAAUCCUGCGCUCAAUGCCAAUGCGCCAGCCGACCGAAAAUUCAAGUACAACAAAGAGUUCCUGCUCCAGUUCCAGAGUGUCUUCAAGGAGAAGCCGACUCUUGAUUGGGAUGCUCGUAUUCGAGAAGCGCUGGGCGAUGGUGAUUCUUCGGCGAGACCAAGUGCUUCCGCCAGAACUCCUUCGGCCAUGGGCAACCGCAGUGCUUCCUCCCGCGGACCUCCCCCCAUGGGCAGUUUUGGACCGAUGGGUAGCUUUAGCGGUGCUCGUCCCACACUCCCACCGGGUACCACCUCUGAACAGCGAUUUGCUGCUUCCAAUGCUGCUCUGAGAAGUGGAGCUAUGGGGGCCAAUCCAUUUGCUCAAUUUGGCCGCCCCGGUCAGAUGGCGCCGCCCAUGGGACGAACCCCUUCGAAUAAUCCGCUGAGUUCCAUUCCCGGUUCUCCACGUGUCGGUGGUGCCAGCAGAGGCGGUUCUCGCGCCGAGAGCAAACGAGCGAAACAGACUGCCAAACAAGCCGCAGACGAAAACAAGGCCAUGCCUCUGACCGCUGGGAUGAACAUUACGGCGCUGGAAGUAUCCGCGACCGGAUGGAAACCUCGAAGCGUUGGCCAACCUCUUGUUUCGGGGCCGGCCCUUGGCGGUGACGGCUUAAUGGAACCAGAUGUUGUUCAGCGGAAGGUCAAGUCGGCUCUCAACAAAAUGACUCCGGAAAAGUUCGACAAGAUCUCCGAUCAGAUCUUGGAAAUCGCCGCCCAAUCGAAACACGAGUCAGAUGGUCGGACCUUACGCCAAGUCAUUCAGCUCACGUUUGAAAAGGCCACAGACGAAGCUCAUUGGGCACCCAUGUACGCCGCAUUCUGCCGAAGGAUGUUGGAGAGCAUGAGUCCUGAUAUUCGAGAUGAGGGUAUCAAGGACAAGAACGGAAACAUCGUCACCGGUGGUAAUUUGUUCCGAAAAUACCUUCUCAAUCGUUGUCAAGAAGAAUUUGAGCGCGGUUGGAAAGUCAAUCUACCUCCACGAGCAGAAGGUCAGACAGAAGAGGCGGCCAUGCUGUCGGACGAAUACUAUCAGGCGGCUGCGGCGAAGCGACGUGGCCUCGGCCUGGUCAAGUUCAUCGGUGAAUUGUUCAAGUUGUCCAUGUUGACCGAGCGUAUCAUGCAUGAGUGUGUGAAGAAACUGGUCGACUACGAGGGAACCCCCGAUGAAGCCGAGGUGGAGAGCCUGACCAGCCUGCUGCGGACCAUCGGCAAGCAACUGGACAAUCCGGAAAGCAAGGCUCAGGGACGGAUGGACCUCUACUUUGACCGCAUCAACUCCAUGAUCGCCCUUCCAGAUCUUCCAAGCCGUCUCAAAUUCAUGCUCAUGGACGUUGUUGACCUCCGAUCCAAGGGCUGGGUAUCCAAGGAGGAUGACAAAGGGCCCAAGACCAUCCAAGAGAUUCACGAAGAAGCGGAACGGAAGGCACGUGAAGAAGAGCUCAAGAGACUUGCCAGCCAGAGUGGUGGUCGUGGUGGCGGAGGCAGAGUGCCCGUGGGCCGCGGUGAUGCUCGAAGCUUCAGCGGCUUCGGUGGUCAGGUCCCUCCUCCGGAUAACUCGAACCGAGUGGGCACCGAUGACCUUCGACGGCUCGGUAACCGCAGUGCUCGCAACCCCAGCAACACCUCGGGACCAGGCUCACUGGGACCUCCGAGCUUGUUGGGCGGCCGUACCAACAGUGGACGUCGUGGUCUCGGACCCGGAGGUCUCCUGAGUCGAGGAGAUGACAGUAAUACCAGCAGUCGUACCGGCACCCCUCCGGCCCAGAAGGACAAGGAGAAGAAGGAUGAGUCCAGCACCAACGCAUUCAGUGCUCUUGCCGCUCUUGAAAAUGACGGACCUGGCUCGCCGCCAUCAAAUCCCGCAUCCCCUCCUACACAAAAGUCGCAGCCGAGCAUCGAACGAGAACGAUCGAGAUCACCGGAGAAACCAACCAAGUGA